UGGCAUUGAGAUCCCAUGGAGAAGCUGAGGAGGGGGAUGGCUCUUCAUAUCCAUGAAGCCUGGAUACUUCUGUUUGUAAUCCCUGGUUUGGUCACUCCAGCUGCCAUCAAUCAUGAAGACUAUCCUGCUGAUGAAGGGGACCAGACCUCCAGUAAUGACAAUCUGAUCUUUGAUGACUACCGGGGGAAGGGCUGUGUGGAUGACAGUGGCUUUGUGUACAAACUGGGAGAACGUUUUUUCCCGGGACAUUCCAACUGUCCCUGUGUCUGUACUGAGGAUGGACCUGUUUGUGAUCAACCAGAAUGCCCUAAAAUCCACCCAAAGUGUACAAAAGUGGAACACAAUGGAUGCUGUCCGGAAUGCAAAGAAGUGAAAAACUUUUGUGAAUAUCAUGGGAAAAAUUACAAAAUCUUGGAGGAAUUUAAGCCCUCGCCAUGCGAAUGGUGUCGCUGCGAGCCCAGCAAUGAAGUUCACUGUGUUGUAGCAGACUGCGCAGUUCCCGAGUGUGUCAACCCGGUCUAUGAACCAGAACAGUGUUGUCCUGUCUGCAAAAAUGGUCCGAACUGCUUUGCGGGAACCACGAUAAUUCCCGCCGGCAUCGAGGUGAAGGUGGACGACUGCAAUAUCUGCCACUGCCACAACGGGGACUGGUGGAAGCCGGCGCAGUGCUCCAAGCGGGAAUGCCAGGGCAAGCAGGCUCUGUAGUGGGACCGACCCCCCGCCAGCGCCAAACAACCCGCUGGGGACGAUGAGGAAGGAACGGCCUCGAUGCUGCCCCCGCGUCCGACCUCCCGCCACUGCAGCAGGGUCACCAGCAACACCUGCGAGCGUCCCGCACAAGCAGAGAUUUGUGCCCGCGGGGAAGGGUCUCCCUGUGCCCCCUCCUGCUCUUCUCUGGCUUUGCACACUGUGUAUCUGGUGUCUAGGUAUCUCCUCUGCUUUUGUAAUUACCAGUGCUUGGGAGGGAUGCAGUGGUCAGGUUUGGGGAGGAAAAAGAAGAACAACCCACCCAAGUCCUCGGACUGGUGAUGCCUUCGAGCCGACGAUCGAUUCACCGCUCUCACUUUCUGCGAUGUGGAUCGUGGGGUUUUUCACAUUUAUUUAUUUAAGGGUUUUUUGCUAUUGUGAUUUUUUUUUUUAAAGCCUCUUCCUAAGCUGGGAUCACUGGGACAAUACAGCUGUGAGUGAAGCGA